CCCUCCCCGCUCGCACCCCCCCAGCCCCACAGCCGGGGCCCGCUCUAGACCUUCCCACUGGGGGGACUCUCCCAGUUGCACCUCCUUCCCCCAGCACUGGUGCCCCUGCUGCAUUGCACCCCCCACCCCAAGCGGUAAGUGCUCCCGUUUUGUUACCCAGCACCCCACCCCACCACUCCUUCCUGAGUAGCGAAGGUAAGAGGUAGCAGAGCCCCCCGGAGUGCAUUGAACCCCUCAGUCUCCAGCUGCCGCGGCCCUCCCUUGUAAUUCAUCUCCUAGCAGCGGCUGCAGACUCCGUAGGCGACCUUUGUGUUGCAUCCCUUUCCUAAACAGCAGCAGCUUCUUAGGCUGUUACAUCGCCCUUCUAAACAGCUUUCUAGGCCCUCUCUUGGUUGCAUCGGACUACCCUUCCCCAAGCUGCAGCCUUCUGGGUUGCAACAUACUCCCCUUCCUAAGCAACAGAAGUUCUCUAGCGCUCUGAGGUUACUUUAUCCCUUUCCCCCAGAAAUAUAUAUUCCUCUAGUGCCUUUGAGCUGUAUUGAACCCUUUUCCGUCCUGAAGUGUCCCAGGAUUGACCCUUCCCAGGAUUCUUUAGCAUUACAGUUUUCAUCCCCAAAAUUGGACUACAUCCUCUCUCCUUAUCUGGGUUUUUGUACUGCAUCCAUCGCCAUAGUAUUUGAGCCCCUUGAAGAAAACAAAAUCCUCAGACGCAACUCCUCCAGUGCUCCCUGGAGUAGUACACCCCAUUCCCCACAGCAACCCCACUAGCCCUCUGGGAUUGCCCUUCCCUCCCCUUCUCCCCAGCAGUGAGAUGAGCUUCUUUGGGUUUGGGCAGAGUGCGGAGUUGGAGCUGGUGCUGAGCGAUGCAGAGAGCAGGCGCAGGGCUGAGCACAAGACUGAAGAGGGCAAGAAGGAGAAAUAUUUCCUCUUCUAUGAUGGGGAGACAGUAUCAGGUCGGGUCACCCUCACCCUCAAGCACCCAAACAAACGGCUGGAGCACCAAGGCAUCAAGGUGGAGUUCAUCGGACAAAUUGAGCUCUACUAUGACCGGGGAAACCACCAUGAAUUUGUCUCUCUGGUGAAGGAUCUGGCCCGUCCUGGUGAGUUCACCCAGUCACAGACAUUCGACUUUGAAUUCACACAUGUGGAAAAACCGUACGAGUCCUACACGGGGCAGAACGUGAAGUUACGGUACUUCCUCCGAGCGACCGUCAGCCGCAGAUUAAAUGAUGUGGUGAAGGAGAUGGACAUCGUUGUGCACACACUCAGCACGUACCCGGAGCUCAAUUCCUCUAUCAAGAUGGAGGUGGGAAUUGAGGAUUGCCUGCAUAUCGAGUUUGAGUAUAACAAAUCCAAGUACCACUUAAAAGAUGUGAUUGUUGGAAAAAUCUACUUCCUGUUGGUGCGGAUCAAGAUCAAACACAUGGAGAUAGAUAUCAUCAAGAGAGAGACAACGGGGACCGGCCCCAACGUUUACCACGAGAAUGACACAAUAGCUAAAUAUGAGAUCAUGGAUGGGGCACCUGUGAGAGGGGAGUCCAUUCCAAUCAGACUCUUCCUGGCGGGCUAUGAGCUGACGCCCACUAUGAGGGACAUCAAUAAGAAGUUCUCGGUGCGUUAUUACCUCAACCUGGUGCUGAUAGAUGAAGAAGAAAGGCGCUACUUCAAACAGCAGGAGGUGGUGCUAUGGCGGAAAGGAGACAUUGUGAGGAAGAGCAUGUCCCACCAGGCAGCCAUUGCCUCUCAGCGGUUUGAGGGGACGUCCUCCCAUGCUGAGGCCAGGACCCCCAGCCAACCUGCAGAAAACAACAGCCGGCAGUGAAAGGCCCUGUGGAGCGAGGCUGCAGCAGAACCCAAGUGUCCGGGGCCGGCAGCAGCAACGAGGCGAAAAGAAAAUAUUUCACACCAGAGACUUAUGAAAAUAAUCAGUUUUUUGACUUAAUUCUGAUCUUCGAAGGACCAGUAGGGUGGGGAGGGGGCAAUGUAAGCUACAGCAACCACGGCACAAAGUUGAACGUACCUCAGUGCUCCCCAACCUCCUACAUUCCUCUGGGGUAGGCUGCUUUGACACAUGCAGGGGCCAUUGGGCUGCCUGGCUUUCCUGUUGCCAUGAGACCCCUUCAGCAUGGCAGUGGGGAUGGGGAAGGGGAAAUUUGAUGCUCCUCCUCUGCGAUAGGGGUGUCACUUUGGGCAUGAAGGAGGGCAUUUUGCUGCCAUCGAGAAGCCCUCGUGAGGUGAGUGGGAGGAGGGAGCCUGAUGAAGCAUUUUAGCUGGAAGGCAGGAGAGUGUGUGAGCGGAAUUUAAGCUUGAGAUGUAGCCUGCUUGCUGUCCCGUCCCUCCCCUCCACCCCCCGUGCUGUUGCUAAGUUUCUGCUGCAAACGGUUACAUAACUAGUUGAAUCAGCCCUGUGAAUAUCAGAGCCAGAUUGUGCAGCGUAGCAAAUGAUGCUGCCUUUGUGUCCCUGCCUUGGGAGCUCAUGGAUGCAGCAUCUUGGGGUGGGGGCAGAGGGGUUAGUUAACAUUUAAAAACGCAGAUAGCAGCUGAGUGUGGAAUUGACAGGCGUAUGGAUACUGUAAAGGGCAAAUGAGGUAUGGGAGAGCUAGCUGAGCUGCUAGGCAAUGUGAGUCUGGGAGGAAACUGGCCAAUGAAAGAGUGCACAGAGCCUUGAUAGUCUUGCCUCUGGGAGGUCAGGCUGUAGUUUGUAAUCCAUGCUGUAUGAUAGAGCCACGCUGGUGCAGCUGAGUCCUGGGAAGCUUGUGUAUGUUGGAGAUAAGAGGGUAAUAGCAGAGCGGUUGUACAGAUUCCACAUGCUGCUGUGGGAAGCAGUUGCAGUCAGGUCUCUUAAGGAAUUGUACAGGGAAAAGUGUUCAGUGUGAGAGAGCAGCAUCAGUGCAGUGGCCUGUGCAGCCUCUGAAGUGCUGCAGUAAAUGUUGGACUGUUUCCCUUCUGGCUUUCUCCUUGUUUCCAGUUUAUCUGAAUGAAACUCUGCUUCAUCUGUCUCUAGGAUUCACCCCAGUGGUGCUGCGGUUAAACCGCAUGGGGACUUCCCUGAUUGGCUGAAAAUUAUCUGAAAAGGUAACCGGGUGGGACAGGAGGGGACACGGGGGUGUUCUUUAAAUGCACCUAUAUGCAAAAGGCUUGAAAGAUACCCCCUGAGCGCCUGGGAUGGGCUAUUACUAUUCCUGGCAAAUGGGACACCUGUGUUUAAGGAGUUACUGGCCUGUAUGUGCUGCCUAUUGAUGUGAAGCAAGAUGGCAGGCAAAACUUUCUGCUUCCAUACAGACAGCUCUGGAUCAGUUGGGCCUGAUGAGAACAGUAGUGGAGGUGUCUUUGGGCAUGAAGCUAUCUGAGGACCUGAGUAUGGGAUGUCUU